UAAAAAUAAAAAUUGAAACUUGAAACAUAGACGCAGCGGAGCGCGACUCAACAAAGAAGAGAGUAAUGGCAGUGAGAGCAUCGAUUGCAGGGAUAAGCAUGGCUUCUUCUACGGCGACUCCUUCUUCCUCGUGCAAUCGAGGAGUAAUUGUUGUAAAGACGACUCCUUUCAGUUUCAGACCUUCUUUCUUUGGCAGUGGAGUGGGGGCUCCAAAAUUUUCAGGAAUCCGGCUAUCUCAUUCAAGUAGAUCAAGAUGUAUCAGCCAUCGUGGAGGUGCUUUUGGUGCUCGGAUGAACCUCUUCGAUCGAUUUGCUAGAGUUAUCAAGUCGUAUGCGAAUGCUAUAAUAAGCUCUUUUGAAGAUCCGGAGAAAAUUUUGGAACAAACUGUGAUUGAAAUGAAUGAUGAUUUGAUCAAGAUGCGUCAAGCUACAGCGCAAGUUUUGGCUUCACAGAAGCAGUUGGAGAACAAAUAUAAAGCUGCACAACAAGCUUCUGAAGAUUGGUACCGCAGAGCACAACUUGCUCUGGGAAAGGGUGAUGAGGAUCUUGCUCGUGAAGCUCUUAAACGUAGAAAAUCUUAUGCUGAUAAUGCAAAUGCUUUGAAGACUCAACUUGACCAGCAGAGGAGUGUUGUUGAUAACCUUGUCUCUAAUACACGGCUUUUAGAGAGCAAAAUUCAGGAAGCUAAGUCUAAAAAAGAUACUCUUAAAGCACGUGCUCAGUCUGCCAAAACGGCAACCAAAGUAAGUGAGGUGUUGGGGAAUGUGGAUACAAGCAGUGCUUUGUCAGCUUUUGAAAAGAUGGAGGAAAAAGUUUUGGCCAUGGAGUCUCAGGCAGAUGCGAUUAACCAGCUAACCAGUGAUGAACUUGAAGGAAAGUUUGCAUUGCUAGAAAGUUCUUCGGUUGAUGAUGACCUUGCCAACCUGAAGAAAGAAUUAUCUGGAGGCACAAAGAAGGGAGAGCUUCCACCAGGGAGAACAGCUGUUGGCAGCACAACCGUGGGAUUGAAGUUCCAAGAUCCUGAAAUUGAAAAAGAGCUGAAUGAAUUGAGGCAAAAAGCCAAGGAAUACUAGGAAACAAUGCUUAUAUUAUUUCAAUCCUUUAUCUAGCAGAUAUAUCGUCACUCCCUAAGAGAUUUCUGUGUUAAUGAGGGAAAUGAAGAUUUUAUACAGUAGUUUGAUUGAUGAAGUGUCUAUAUGCAGUAGCAUGGAUAAAGAAUGCAGUAUUUGACAUUUUCAUUACAAGUUUUGUUUGUACAUUAUAUGUACUAAAUAACAUUACAAGUUCACAUUUUGUGUAAACUUAACUUUAAAGAGUGCUUAA